AUGCGCGCGGCGGAAGUUCGUGCCGCCGGUCGGCUGGUUGCCUGCCGAGCAUGGCGGAGGGCUCAGCAGCGGCCGCUGCAAGCGGCCGCUCUGCUGCUGGCAUUGCUCGUGUGCCUGUCCGUAGCUGUCUUGCGCCACGGCGGCGUAGGCACGAGCCGCAGCGCGGUAGAGGUGGACGCCGUCUUCGUCACAGAUUGCUCCGACGACCAAGAAGUGUGGGCGCAGGUGUUCCUGUCGCAGUGGCGGCGCGCAGGGAGCACGACGGCGCGCCUGACGCGCAUACUUGCCUGCGGCCAGGAGGACGCCCGCCGGCUGGAGGAGAGCUCCCGGCUCGCCUUCGGCAGCCUCUCCGUGUUCGUGUCGCCGGAGCCCGCAGGGCGAGGCGGGGACCGCCACCCCUGCAGCAGCCGCCCCCGAGCACUCUGGCGCUGGCUGCGGGCGCGGCCGACCAGCUCCCGUGACCACUGGGUGGCGCUGCUGGACCCGGACAUGCUGGUGCUCCGGCCGACGUCGCCCGAGGGCCCUUGGCGAGCGGCGGGCGGCGCGCUGGCGACCCACGGCAGCCUGCCGGCGGAGUGGCGCCUCGUCGACGUGCCCCCCGGCGUGGCAUUGGCUCAGCGGUCCCGCCGCCUGCCGCAGCUCUGGCAGGAGGCGCGCCUCUCCCUCGCGGCGCUCUGCGCGGACGCCCGCGACCAGCACGCCCCGUGGGGCUGCCAGGAUCGGCUGCGGGGCCUGUUCGAGGAUCCCGACAGGGUCGCGGCCGACUACGCCGUCGGGCUGCCCACUCUCAUCAGGGCGCAGGACCUGUGGCGAAUGGCAGACGCGUGGCGGUUCUUCGCCCACCGCACCCAGGGGCAGCACCCCGAGGCGGUCGCGGAGGCGCUCGGAUGGGUGCUCGCGGCGCGCCACGCCAGGGUGCGCUUCGGAUACCUGGACGAGGCCAUCACAGACCCGGGUGCGCCCGAGGCCGCCUGGCGCCGCAUCGACGCCGGCUUGGGCGGGGACCCUUGUGCCGGGGAGGCCGCGGAGCACUUCGACACGCCCGCGGCGUACCACGGUGCGAAGCAGGAGCCCGCAGAUGGCGGUGGCGGAGGGGCCACAGCCCCGCCUUGGUUGCUGCACCUCUGCGAGGCUUACGCCGUGUCCUACGCGGCUGCGGCUGGCGGCCGCGCCGAGCUCUCCCUCGAUCCGCGGCAGUUGCCGUCGGCAAUGCGCCCACAAACGGCCGGCCGCGACGGCGGCCGUGCAGCGAGCCACGGCGUGGGCUCCCUGCUGAACUGCAGCGCGCCCGCCCUCGAGAUGCCCCCUCGGGACCUGCUGUCUCGCCGGCUCGGGCCCGUCGGCGAGGGCGGCGGCGGUGCGGGGGCGAUCGAGGGCCCGCACGCUGCGCCGCUGCUCCGCCGCAGCGCAUGGGUCAUCUGCCUGGCCCUGCGGGCGCUCAACACAGGCUUGCGGGAACACCGCCUCCGCGCGUGCCCGGUCAGCGCUGUUCCGCCUCUCACGGGGGGCGCCGUGCGCAGCCUCGCCGUUGCGGGG